ACUUUCAAUGAGUUUUAAUAUUCUUAUUAAUUAAUAAUUACAGCUGUGCACUUGUUUACAACCCGGAUCAGUUCUCGCGCUUGGAUGAAGGCGCCAUGCGCGCGGACCUGCUCGCGCUAAUGUGUGUCCAGCUGCUGGGCGCGUGCAGCACAGAGGCAGCAGUCAGGGGGAGAAAUCUUCACACCUGCAGCCAGCACAGAUCCCGGAGAGAUGCUACAAGAACAGUGGGAGGAAUUCACAAGUCUGGAAGUCCCAUUCUAAAAAGGAGCCCCGACAUCACCAAGGGCUCAGCGCCGAAAUCUGAGCACCUCCUCAGGAUAGAUGACCAUGAUUUCACAAUGCGGCCUGGCUUUGGAGGCCCAGCUAUUCCUGUGGGCGUGGAUGUGCAAGUUGAAAGCCUGGACACUAUCUCUGAAGUGGAUAUGGACUUCACCAUGACUCUGUACCUGAGGCAUUAUUGGAAAGACGAGCGCCUGUCCUUCCCAGGAAAGACCAACCAGAGCAUGACUUUUGAUAGCCGGUUAGUAAAGAAGAUCUGGGUCCCUGACAUGUUCUUCGUCCACUCCAAACGCUCCUUCAUCCACGAUACAACAACGGACAACGUCAUGCUCAGGGUCCAUCCGGAUGGCAAAGUACUCUAUAGCGUCAGGGUCACAGUUACAGCUAUGUGUAACAUGGACCUCAGCCACUUUCCUCUUGACACUCAAACAUGCUCGCUGGAGAUCGAAAGCUAUGCGUACACUGACGAUGAUCUGAUGCUGUACUGGAAGAAAGGGAACGACUCUCUGAAGACAGAUGACAAGAUCUCACUCUCUCAGUUCCUCAUUCAGGAGUUUCACACCACCACAAAACUGGCCUUCUACAGUAGCACAGGUUGGUACAACCGUCUGUACAUCACGUUCACCCUGAGACGUCACAUUUUCUUCUUCCUGCUGCAGACCUACUUUCCUGCUACGCUGAUGGUCAUGCUGUCCUGGGUGUCCUUCUGGAUCGACCGGCGCGCUGUCCCUGCCAGAGUUCCUCUUGGCAUCACCACGGUGCUCACCAUGUCCACCAUCAUCACGGGUGUAAAUGCCUCCAUGCCCCGAGUGUCCUACAUCAAAGCCGUAGACAUCUACCUGUGGGUCAGCUUCGUCUUCGUCUUCCUCUCUGUCCUCGAGUACGCAGCUGUGAACUACCUGUCCACUCUGCAGGAACGCAAAGAGAGGAAGCUCAGAGAGAGGCUGCCCUGCACAUGUGGGAUGUCUCAUGUGGGCCACAUGAUGAUGAGCAGCAGCUACAGCGAGAUGGACACCAUGACCACAGGUCAUUACGGCAUGUCUGAGGUGAACGGAGACAAGCGGGAGCACAUGCUGGUGCAGUUGGCCAUGGACAAAGAGCAGGGCACUCCCGGCCGAGCUGGAAAGACUCGCUCCUACAGCAGCCUCUGGAUCGACACCCACGCCAUAGACAAGUACUCGCGUGUGAUCUUCCCCGGAGCUUACGCAGUCUUCAACAUCAUAUACUGGUCCAUUUAUUCCUAACACCAGCUGCUGCUCAUACCAGAGAUGACAAUUUUCAUCCAGACAGUGUUAUCACAAUGAAGAUACUCUUCAAUGUCAUACAUUUUGGGAAAUAGAGCCAACUAAAUGUGUUGUAAAUGAUGCAGGCAGAUAGAAACAAACAAAGAAAACAAACACUUCUGGUUUAGGUCACACCCACGUUGGAUUUAAAUCCGAAUACAGAUACAGAUAUGAAUAUUUGGAGCAAUAAACACAUACAGAUAGUCGCAUUGUGUUGUACCCCUGUUCUGGAAGCACCAGGCUUAGCAGACUGAAGAAGAAAAAGAAGAAAGACUUUAUUAGUUGCAGUACAGAGAAAUAUUUUCUUCGCAUAUUCCUGGAAGUUGGGGUCCGAACAUAGGCUCAGCCGUGAUACAGUGCCCCUGGAGCAGAUAGGAUUAAGGGCCUUGCUCAUGGGUCCAACAGUGGCAGCUUGGCAUUGCUGGGGCUUGAUCCCCCAACUUGUGUGUCCAUUUCACAGAAGGGCAGAAAGAAAGAUGUCAGGCUCUCACAUUUAGUGCAUCCUCAUUGUAUUCUAAUAUUAUUGCUGGCUUUGUGGACAUUCCCUUAACAUUUCCCCUAUGAGGGGAUCCCAUCGCCAUGUUAGCAGCCAAUAAUUUACUUCCUCUGGUGAAGAUACCUGUAGAUGAACUCUUAGA